AUGGUGAAAUAUAAGUUGCCAACCAAGCGUGAACAAAAGUUCACACCCGUGAGAAAAUGUGAGAAAGCAUUAUGUGAAUUUUUCUCUGGAUUUUGGUGUCUUCAAUCUUUAUCUACUUCUAAUACUACGUCAACUAAUCAUCAUCACCAGGACAACCAAAGUAGUCUUAUAUCAUCGUCUACGUCAAUGUCGUCCUCACCACUAACACCAUUAGCGAAUCAAUCUAAUAUCUUAUCAAGUAAACAUCCUAUUUGUGUUCAAGCUACAAUGCUGUGUGAUAGCCUUCCAGAUUGUGAUUUGAGAGUGCCUAUGAAUGAAGUUAAUUUAUCACAGGAUGAAGCAAAUUGUAAUAUGAUCCCAUCAAAUUAUUCCCUGAAAACAUCUAAAUUAUCUAAAGACGAUCAUUGGAUAUCUAAAUUACCAUGGAUAAUUCUUGCACCGGUACCUGCUAUAUUAAUCUGUGCUCUAAUACGUAUCUGUUCACAGAAACGUCAAUUAGACAUGAUUGAAGAUAAUAAUAAUAAUAAUCAUUAUAAUUUUAAUAUAAAUAAUCUUAAUGAAUGUUCAACAGUAAUAUCCAGUUCCACAACAACAACUACUACAAAUCAUUGUGAUAAAUGUUUACAUAUGCAAUACAAAAAAUUACCUAGUAAUUAUUUUAUAAUUAAACGUAAAUUACACAAUUAUCGAGGAAGUAUACCGGGACUAUUGAAUCGAAUAAAUAAAUUAUCUAGUGUUACCGAAGUUGAUGAUGAAAUUGAUCCCAAUAUAGAUCAACAAGUGAAUAUAUUGAAAAUGAAACCAUUGAAUAAUACUACUACUAAUAUAAUAAUAAUAAUAAUGUUAAAACAAAAUUGGCAAAUAAUUCAAAUCAUUGUGGUAAUUCAUUACAACAUUGUUAUUCCUUACCUGAAUUUACUAUAAAACAUGAUGAUAACGAUGACG